CCUUUCCCCCUCCCUUUCUAGCACGCGACAGCUGUGACGAGGCUUUCCUCCUGGAGCGAGAGCGAGAGAGGCCUAUGGGAAAGCCAAGCAAAGACUCUUUUCCCAUUCGCUACUUCCCUUCGCCGGCUCUUCCACCCUCCGCGUAGUCCCCCGUCCGCAUCGGCACGCGCGCGCGCUUGGCUCUUCUCAGAACGCCGCUCUUUUCCCUUCCCCCCUCCCCUCCGCAAGACGGGACUCUGGUGGCGGUUGGAAGCCUUCGCUGACUGAGGUGAAUGAGGAGCGCCUGAGGAGAAGGAGGAGGAGGAAGGGCGGGCAUGUCCUCCUCGGCUGCCCCUCAGCCACCAGUUCGGGGAGCGGAGGAGGAAGAGGAGGGCAAGAAGGCCAAGAAGGCGGCGACGUCUUCUACAACUACUACAACAACUACUACUACUAUCGGGGCCUGUGCGCAAGACAAGAGCGAGAGCAGCGACGACGACGACGGCGGCCCUCGGUUUCCUCGCCGUCACGUGACCGAGGCGCCCCUCCCCAAGGAGAAUCCCUGGGCCCGCCGCCGCUGCUGGAAGCCCGCCUCGGCCUCCUCCAGUUCGGACUCCCCUUCCAGCGCUUCCGCCGGCAGCGAGGGCGAGCCUCACGACCCAGAAUUGCAGGGUUCUGCUAAAGUCAUAAGGGCAGGAAAAUCAAAGCUAACGAAAUCCAGUAAGACAAAUGACUUCAGUGAUGCAGCAAACUGGCCAACACCAAGUGAAAUCGCAAAUUCUGAAUGUAAAAAUACAAGUAAUAAUAAUAAAAAAAUUCCAAUCAAGAAGGAGAAAGAAGAGAAGAAUGAAAAGAAGAGUAACAGCAAAAUCAAGGAAAACUUGGAAAUAAAUCCAGAUAUUUCUGGAGAAAAUGUCAGUGAAGAUGAAGCUCAGAUUAGCAGUCAAAGAAAAAAAGGUAACAAGCACAGAUGGGUGCCACUUCCUUUAGAUGAUACCAAGCCAGAGAACCAAGAUAAAACAGGAUCUCGGAACAGUUUAAGAUCUCAACCAGAAACUAAUAAGCUUGUGCCGCAGAACAACAGACGCAAUGACACGAGAACUAGUUGGCGACGGGAGAGGGAAAAACGAGAUGAUCAUGAUGAAGUUUCCAGUGUGAGAAGUGAAGGUGGCAGUAUUCGAGGAUUUUACAGAGGAAGAGGAAGAAGCAGAGGAAGGGGAAGAGGACGUGGAAGAGGAAACCCUCGAAUGAACCAUGAAUAUUCAUAUGGUUAUCGAGAACAAUACAGUGAAAGAAGUGAUCAGCCAUUUCAGUCAGAUCUUAAUACAAGUAUGAUGUACUAUUAUGAUGAUGGAACAGGAGUUCAGAUGUAUUCUGUGGAUGAGACGCUGCUUAAAGAAUACAUUAAACGGCAAAUUGAGUAUUAUUUCAGUGUUGAAAACUUGGAAAGAGACUUCUUCUUGAGGAGAAAAAUGGAUGAGCAAGGAUUCUUACCUAUUUCUCUGAUUGCCAGCUUUCAUCGUGUGCAGGCUCUCACUACAAAUGUUAACCUAAUAUUAGAGGCCUUAAAGGAUAGUACAGAAGUAGAAAUUGUCGAUCAUAAGAUGAGGAAAAGGAUGGAACCAGAAAAAUGGCCAAUUCCAGGGCCUUCUUCACGCAAUCGUCCACAAACCGACUUUUCUCAGCUUAUAAACUGUCCAGAAUUCGUGCCAGGCCAAGUGUUCGGUUCACAUACAGAAUCUGCACCAAGCUCUCCAAGAAUGGGAAGUCAAAGUACUAAGAAAAGUACUGAAACAAGUAGCCUUCAAGUGAGUAAAGGGUUAUCAACAAGCUUGCCAGAUCUGGACUCUGAACCUUGGAUAGAAGUUAAAAAAAGGCACCGUCCUUCCCCGGCUAAGCCAAAGGAAUCUCUGUCUACUGCUGAGGAAGUGUUGGGUCAGCAGCAGCCUCCACUGCCUUCAGAGGAACAGGAAGAACUUGAUUUUUUGUUUGAUGAAGAGAUGGAACAAAUAGAAGGUCGUAAAAAUACAUUUACAGAGUGGUCAGACAGUGAUUCAGAUUAUGAAAUUGACGAUCAGGAUUUAAAUAAGAUUUUGAUUGUAACACAAACACCACCAUAUAUGAGAAAACACCCUGGAGGAGAUCGUACUGGCAACCAUGUGUCACGAGCAAAAAUUACAUCAGAGCUUGCUAAAGUUAUUAAUGAUGGCUUAUACUACUACGAACAGGAUUUGUGGACAGAACAGACAGAAAAUGAUUGUAUUGCUAUGAAGCAAGAAAUUGAAAACUUUAAGAAGUUAAAUCUCAUCAGUAAAGAAGAAUUUGACAAUCUUACACCUGAUGAAAUUGAUCCAAACCAAGAAGUUCUUCCUAGUCCUUCAGGAUCUCAACAAGGCAUAACUAAAGAGCAGACUUGUAAAGUGUUUGGUAUCCAAGAAGUACCUUCUGGAGCAAUGGCUCGCUCACUUCCAACAGCUGUCCCUGAAUCUCCUAAAGUCCACCCCACCAGAACACCUAAAACACCUCGUACACCAAGACUUCAUGAUCCUAACAAAACACCCAGAUUUUAUCCUGUGGUUAAAGAAGCAAGAUCUAUUGAUGUUAAGACACGCAGGAAAAGAAAAACACGGCAUAGUACAAACCCCCCAUUGGAAAGUCAUGUUGGCUGGGUAAUGGAUUCUAAGGAUCACAGGCCAAGAACAUCUUCUGUAAGCAGUUCAAAUGCUUCACCACUGGAAGGUGCUCCACUAUCAGGAAGUUAUGGCUGUACUCCACAUUCUCUUCCGAAAUUCCAGCAUCCUUCUCAUGAACUUUUAAAGGAAAAUGGUUUUACACAGCAAGUCUACCACAAAUACCGCCGUAGAUGCCUAAAUGAAAGGAAGCGUUUGGGAAUUGGCCAGUCCCAGGAAAUGAACACACUCUUUCGUUUCUGGUCCUUUUUCCUCAGAGACCACUUUAACAAGAAAAUGUAUGAAGAAUUUAGACAACUUGCUCUUGACGAUGCAAAAGAACACUACAGAUACGGUCUGGAAUGCUUGUUCCGGUUUUAUAGCUAUGGUCUAGAAAAAAAAUUUCGACAAGAAAUAUUUAGAGAUUUCCAAGAAGAAACUAAAAGAGAUUACGAAUCUGGUCAGCUCUAUGGAUUGGAGAAAUUUUGGGCUUAUCUUAAGUAUUCCCAGUCCAAAACUCAGCCUAUUGACCCCAAACUUCAGGAAUAUCUCUGCAACUUUAAAAGAUUGGAAGACUUCAGAGUUGAUCCUCCCAUUAGUGAAGAAUCUGGGAGAAAAAGGCACUCGACUGGUGAAGAAAGUGAUCAUCACAAGCAUCAGCCCCAUUCUUCGAAGAUCCUUGCUAGUAACUCCACAGCUGCCUCUCAGGCAUGGGUUCCCAUAAACUUUCCCACUACAAAUACUGUACAGGAAUUGAAUAACAGCAUACACCAGAACAGUACUGCUACAAAAUCAAGAAGUGAUAUAUCUGAGCAGUAGACUUAAGCUGGAACCUUGCAAUCAACUCCUAAUGCCAGUAUUUUAACCCAAAAGAUCUUCAGGGAAAGCUAUUUUAAAAGCUUGAUUAAAAACAAAUGUCUAGGAAAACAAAGGAUUGCACUUGCUUUCUCACAAGACCUAAAGUUCUAAAUUCUUUCCCUUGAUCAAUUAUAUUGGACUUGGAGACCAUCAGAGAUAUCCUAGGGAAAUAUACCUUAGCUUCAGUGUUACUGUCCCUGAUUUAUUGUUUACACGAAAUGCAUUCCAGUACUAUAUGCAAAAAUACUUUGGGCUGCCUGAUUGUCCAGGUCAUACUUCUUAAAGAAGUUAUGAUGUGCUCACAUAAUCUAGAAAGGAUUUUCUAUUCAACUUUUCCGCAAUAUUUCUACUUUAAAAAUCCAAAAAGAAAGGACAUACUGUUUCCAAUGGAGAUAAAUGAUUUCAGUUGGUAAAUGCAUAUACUACUACCAACAUUUUUUCUUUUUUUUGCAAAUAGUAAAUGCACACUCCAUUCUAUAUAGGACUGUGCACAUUUCUUGGGUGCUAAAUCUUUUCUAUAUCUUCUGUUUCAGAAUCUGUGAUUUUAGGUUGAGUUUUGAGUUAGGCAUCAAUCUGUUUUGGUUUUAAGGGUGUUUUAUUAGGCUUCUUAUUUGUACUUAAGCAGUAGAUUGCUGAGGGAGUAUGACUAUAUUGUCAUAAACCUGCUAUAAACUUUAAGCAGAAGAUUACAAUGGCAGAUGACUCUCUAAUCACCCUCCAGUUAGGAGAGAGAUUUGUGUUUUUGUUUAAUUUCUGUACUUCAGGGAGAGAUGAUUUUAAAUAAUUACAUUUAAUUGUAAUAUAAUAUUUGGCGGUGCUUUAGUUCAAAGGGCAACUAGAAAAAUGGCAUCCACUAAAAUUGUCGAUGUCAAGUUGGGUUGAAAUAGAGUUCAAAUUCUGUGCUCUGCUGAUCUGAAAUUGGCCAGGACCAUGCUUUCUAUAAGUGCAAAUGAUUGAUUCAGACUGUCAUUUGUCACGAUGGGAGGUGGGAGUUGACAGGCUACAUCACCUGUAAUUUUCUACUAGUUUCAGUUAUUAAGAUUUUCAAUGCCUAGAAUAAGGAAACAGAAGGCAUCCUUCCUUAAACUGGAUGGUAGGAAUAGGGGCACUUUUUUUUUAACUUAGAGCAAAACUAUCUUCAAGUACCAUAUAAAGCUUAACUUAACACUGAUGCCUUAUUACUAGGGAGAUAUCCUAAAUGAUCCAACAGUUAGUUUAAUGGAGUCCUUUUUUGGCAGAUACUGAUGAGGUCUAUUACAUUUUUUCUGUCAUAUUGCCUUGUGAAUCUGAAUAGAACAAUUAUGAAAGUAAUGUGUAUACUUGUAUAGGAAUAUGAUUUCCCAGUAAUUAAUUUCUACACACAAACUAGCCUUUUAGAACUGCUCCAUUUUGCAAAGAAACUAGGAAUUAAUGAUACGAGUUUUAUAUAGCAUCUUUUCAGUGUGCUCACAUUAUACAUCUCAAACCUGUGUUCGAUCUGUACCACCUCCAUGAAAAUGAUGCAAUUGUAAAUUUGGAUUUAAACUGUAUAUAAAAGAAAUAUAUUUACUUCCAUUUUUUGAAUGAAAUGUGUGCAUAUGCAGCUUUUAGUAUGCAUAAUUUGUGAUACCUUUGCAGAUUUUAUAAAAACACCAAAAAAAGUUA